AUGCGAAGAUUUUCGCUGCCUGGAUCAUCUCCAGCCGCGGCAUUGGUCUUGACACGAUCGCUGUGCUGCUUCUCGGCACACCAUGUCCAGGAGCUCGCCCAGAUGAUCCGCUCCUGCGGUGAAGCCAGGGAUUCCGCCGAAGGGAAGCGCAUCCAUUCCGUGAUUGCCAGGAGCGAGCAAGCGUCCGGAAAUCCUUUCCUCUGGAACUUGCUUGUGGAGAUGUAUGGGAAAGUUGGCAGUGUCCACGACGCCCGCGGCAUUUUCGAUGAGAUGCCCGGGAUCAACAUGUUUACGUGGACAAUCAUGUUUCAUGCAUAUGCCCGAAACGGGCAACUUGAGAAAGCAGCACAGUCUUUUGAUUUGAUGCCUCAGCGCGAUGUUGUUGCCUGGAACUCUAUGCUGCAGAUUUUUGGGGAGCACGAGAAAGUUGACGACGCACGAAAGACAUUCAUGGAGAUGCCGGCCAGAACAAUCUCGAGCUGGAACGCGCUUCUUACUGCAUAUGCCCAAAACGGGUAUUUGCAAGAUGCGAUGGCCGUUUUUGAUCGGCUGCCCUUCUCGGACGUCGUGUCGUGGACGAGUCUGUUUGGGUUCCAUGCCAAGAACGGGUAUAUGAACGAGGCCAGGAUGAUUUUUCUCACAAUGCCUGAGAAGAACUCCACGUCUUGGACCACCAUCAUCUCGGCUCUCAUGCGGUGUGGCGAUUUCCAGGCCGCCAAGAACUUCUUUGGCAAGAUGCCCCACCAUGCUCGAGUGGUGUGGCUGGUUAUGAUGCAAGGCUACCUCCAAAACUUUCAGUUCGACGUUGCGGCCAGCAUGUUUGAUCGAAUGGAGGAAAAGGAUAUUGUUUCGUGGAACAUUUUGAUCAAUGCCGUGGCGCAGAACGGCCAAGUCGGUCGAGCGAGAAAGAUCUUUGACGCGAUGCCCAAGCACGACAUGGCAACGUGGAACUCGAUGCUGAUCGCGUACGCCGAGAAAGGGAGGUUGAGUGAAGCAAGGACCAUCUUCGACAGCAUGACACACAGGAACAUCAUCUCGUGGAACUCGAUGACGCAGUCUUACAUUCUAAACGGUCACUUUGAGGAAGGAAAGAAGGUUUUCGAUCGAGCGCCUCAGGUGGACGUGAUUUCCACCAACAUGCUUCUCUCCGCCAAUGCCGAGGGAGGAAAUCUCGAAGAGUCGAAAUCCAUUUUUGACUCCAUGGUCAUGAGGGACGUUGUGUCGUGGAACGCCAUGGUUCACGCUUACGCCAUUCACAAUCUCCUCGAGAGUGCCGAGUCUACGUACCGGAGAAUGUCGCAGCACGACUGUGUGUCGAGGAAGACGAUGAUGGCGGCUUACGCUCGAGAGGGUGACUUGGAGCGAUCGAAGCUCUUUUUCGACGACAUGUCGGACAGAGACACGGUCUCCUGGAACACUCUGAUCGUUGCAUACGCUCAGCGCAACGAUGUCAAGAACGCAAAACUGGUUUUUGACAGCACUCCAGUGAAGAACCCGAUAUCCUGGAACGCGAUCAUGACAGUCCUCUCCCAAAACGGCCAUUACGCCGAAGCGCUCGAGUUCUUCCGCGAGAUGGAGCUCGAUGGUGGAAGCAAACCCACGGACGUGGGCUUCACCAAUGCAUUGGUGGCGUGCAGCUAUGGUGGUCUCGUCGCCGAGGCCAGAGUUUUUUUCCUCUCCAUGGUCGAAGACCACAACUUAACACCGAGGUGGGAGCAGUACUGCUGCAUGGUAGACAUUCUCAGUCGAGCAGGACAAUUGGAAGACGCCGAAGAUCUCGUAGAAAACAUGCCAUUCUCGAGCGGCAUGGCGGAUUCCAAAGCUCUUCUCAGUGCUUGCCAUGUCCAAGGCGAUGUCGAGCGUGCCACAAGAACAGCAGGCUCCAUGUUUACUCUGGGCUUGAAAGCUUCUGCUCCCUACGUGCUUUUGUCUAACAGCAUUGGUCAUCUCAAAGAGUAACGCUAAGCUAACUUCGUCUUCCAGAUGUUGCUGUCGCUACUUUUACACUUGGCUUCUCAUCUGGGUCUCGGCAUGGAGCUCCAACGACAAGUAUAGGACCAUGGG